AUGUCCUUCGCUCCUCCAGCGGGUCCUCCACCACCGCCUCGCCACCCAAUAGGAAGCUCGACUAAUAGACAGGCCGCCCGCCAAGACUCUGUGGACCAAGCGGUAUUAGAUGAAGAACCACCUCCAGCAUAUCAUUCCGUCGUGUCUGGUGGAGCGAGUGAUGCCGUCCUGGACGCUGGUCCAAGUCGAAUGGACUUCUCAGGUCCACCGCCUUUACCUGAAAGACUACAAGCUGUCGGGACAGGCAGUGGGAUAGCUCACCACGUAACGGGAGUCGGAGAGGGUUAUGGGAGAAGACCCCCACAUGCGACUGGGUUCGAAAGCCCAUUUGCGGAUCAAUUCCAGUCAUCACAAGGCACCAGCUCUUAUCCUGUUUCCGAGCGAUUCGAGGCUCCGGCUGGUCCACCUCCGGGCAAAUCCUCUGGUGGCUAUGCUGGUCCUUCGACUCAUAGCUCUCGUCCACCUUCACCACCUUCACAUCCUUCGAGUUCCGGCGGUGCUGGAUCAUCCAGUAGACCAGGAUCAGAUCUGACGCCGACAGAUGUACCUACCCCUGGUCGACCCUUGUUACACAAUGGCAUGAUGCUCGUCUAUCCCAAAGGUCAUUUCUGCACCAAAUGUUAUAAUACAGGUUACAAAGCCAACGAUCCACGCAAUCCACACGAAGCCGAUUGGCGCAAGUACGGCAAGCACUACACGUCCGCCCUGGCGCACUCCUAUUCAGUAUCUUCGGGUCCUGGGGCAUCUUCAGCUGCGGACAACUUUCAGAGACCCUUGCCAAAUCAUCAACCUGCUGGACCAGGUUCCAUGUAUGGCGGUGCUGCGCCUCCUCCUUCUCCAAACAAGUGGAACACGUAUCCUGGCCAUUCAGUUCCAACCCAUCAGCAUGCUCCGCCACCUGGAAGCUGGCAAGGUCAUCCGGGACCAGGCCAAGGAAACCUGAUGAUGCAUCCUCCUCAGCCUCACCUGUAUCCUUCACAUACGAUGACCCCGCCUCCCGGUGCGAUCGUAUUGCAGGCUGGAGAUCCAAGGAUCGGUGGAAGGUGA